AGAGAGAGUACGGUACAGCUGAGAGUGACCAGGGGAUCUGGAGAGAGAACGGUACAGCUGGUAGUGACCAGGGGAUCUGGAGAGAGAACGGUACAGCUGGGAUUGACAAAGGUGUCUGGAGAGAGAACGGUACAGCUGGGAGUGACCAGGGGAUCUGGAGAGAGAACGGUACAGCUGAGAGUGACCAGGGGAUCUGGAGAGAGAACGGUACAGCUAGUAGUGACCAGGGGAUCUGGAGAGAAAACGGCACAGCUCUGAGUGACCAGGAGAUCUGGAGAGAGAACGGUGCAGCUGAGAGUUACCAGGCGAUCUGGAGCGAGAACGGUACAGCUGGGAGUGACAAGGGUAUCUGGAGAGAGAACGGAACAGCUGGGAGUUACCAGGUGAUCUGGAGAGAGAACGCUAUAGCUGGGAGUGACAAGGGUAUCUGGAGAGAGAACGGUACAGCUGGGAGUGACCAGGGUAUCUGGAGAGAGAACGGAACAGCUGGGAGUUACCAGGUGAUCUGGAGAGAGAACGCUAUAGCUGGGAGUGACAAGGGUAUCUGGAGCGAGAACGGUACAGCUGGGAGUGACCAGGAUAUCUGGAGAGAAAACGGUACAUCUGGGAGUGACAAGGGUAUCUGGAGAGAGAACGGUACAGCUGGUAGUGACCAGAGAAUCUGGAGAGAGAGAACGAUACAGCUGCGACAAUUGUGUGUGCGAACAAUUCAGAGAAAUUAUAAGCACAAUUGUGUAUCCUUUUUCUUCUUCUUUUCUCUACUUCUUUGGCUCUGUUACCACUGCAUCUGUAUACCAGUGCUCUCUGGCUGCCGUGUCUGA